AUGGCCGAAUCGUUUUCUUUUUCAGAUUCGCUUCUUUUUGCUCCGACGCAGGAGCUGGGCCUUGAAGAGCCUUUGGUGUUUGCUGCCGACCAGGAUCUACCGCAUUCGCCCAGUCUGUCAGCAGCUUUGCCAGCCCAACUUUCACCUGAACCAUCUGACCUUCUGUAUCCACCCGAAGAGCUCUCAGGGAAGGAAAAGGAGGUCCGUCUUUUCAACGGAACAUCCUUGCGGCUUAGACCAAGAAAAAAGAAAAAUGUGGACAUAUCCUUCGACGAGUCCAGUUCCAUUCUUGAUAUGGAUACUCUAUACGAACGUGUCCGCCAGAGAGAAGUUCUUCGACAAAGCCGAGAGGAGGUUCGCCGGAGGACACAACCAAAGCCUUCAAAAUCAUCCCAAGCACCGCUACCCCAAGUAUGGUCAGAAAAAUAUCGCCCAACGAAAUACAUGCAGCUCUGUUCUGCUGGUAAUGAGAGACAAUACCGUGCAAUCAUGCAUUGGCUUCGAAAAUGGGGACUGGUCGUUUUUGGUCAUGCUCCCACGGAUUUGGAUGCUGUUGAUCACCUAUCGAGACCACUACGCAAAGUAUUGUUGGUCCAUGGACCGCUGGGAACAGGGAAAACAGCAGCAGUGCAUCUAAUUGCCCAGCAAAUGGGCUAUUCCGUCCAAGAAUUGAAUGCAGCUAAUAGCAUGGACUCAAUGCAUGGUGUUGAGUCGUUGGAUAACGCGGGCCGCUUUGCCAAUGCCACCGCGGCACUUAAACUCAAAAUCAAAAAUGCCUUAACCACAAACUCCGUGACUGGAGGUGGGAAACCAACGUGUCUUGUCAUUGACGAAAUCGACUGCAGCAUCAAUGCCGGAGACAUCAUUCGCGUGAUCAGCGAAUUAGUGGCUUUAGAUCUGCGUUCUGAAGACCCAAAAAAGAAAAAGUCAAAGUUUGUCUUGAACAGACCCAUUAUUUGCAUUGCCAACGACAUUUACACGCAAAACGUGCGUUUGGGUCCUAAUCCGAUGGACAAGCUUCGUCCACUUUGUGAACUUGUACCUUUCCGACGUCCCGUUUCGAGCAACAACUCGGGACGCAUUAACAUUGCAGCACAAAAAUCUGUGAAGGAGUUUCUUCAAAAUGUCAACAGCAAAGAGAAAAUGGGUCUCGAUGCUAAAGAAAUUGCCGAGAUCUUCGAGGUUUGUGAAGGGGACAUUCGAGCUUGUUUAAACCACAUGCAAUUCUCCAGUAGAAAACUCGACUCCGACCUUCAUGCUCUUGCAGGACCAAAAGCUUUAGCAGCCAAAGAUUCCCUGGUAUCCUGGUUUGCUUUGGUAGACCAAAUAUUCCGCAGAGACUCACGCAUGGCGAAAGAUGAGAAUUUCGAAGUGAUGCUCGAGAUUAUGCUAUCUAACGAAGGAAAGACUGCUGCAAGUGGCUCGUUAGAUAAAGUCAUACGCGGCUGUUUCAAUCGGUAUCUUGAUGUUGUUCAUGUUCAAGAUGAUUCAAAUGUGCGUCCGGCUGAAAUAAGUGACUGGUUGUACUAUUAUGAUAUGAUGACUGCGGGAAACAAAGAGGUUGGGAACUAUCCUACGCUAACGGCACUUAAGUUCUGGUCGUUAUUCAGCGAAAUCAAUGCAUACAAGUGGAAGACAGAGAAUAGUCUUCUUCCCAACGCCAGAGCUGUUGAGUUUGAUUCUCUCGAUACUUUGAAGCAAAACAAGUCCGUCGUACAACGCGUGAGUGACCAGUUACCAGUUGAAGUACGCUUGGCAUUCUGUGGCUCCUCUAGCAGCCCGGAACUUUAUGCAUGCCAGUUUCUUCCAUUUUUGGAUAAGAUGUUGUCUCCUGAGGUUGGAUCUUCGAAGAUCAAAACAUCUUUAAAAUCGCAUGAAAGACGCUUGGUGGAGUCCUUGGCCGGAAUUACAAAGAAGUUGGGCUUGGCUCUUGAAACACAGCGGGAUAUAGAAACCAAUGCUACUAGUUUGGUCUUUUCUCCUAAUUGGGAUACGCUUACAAUCUUUGAGAAUGAACUAGCUCCAGUACCAUUCACAACCAAAGCUAGGGGCAUCUUACAAAAGAGGCUGUGGCUCUUUCCACUUCUUGAGGCUGAGUUUGCGCUUGGAAUUUCGACCAAACGAACGCUCAAGGACGUUUCUGCAAGUGAACUCAACACUGUUAAAGCAAAAAGAGCGCGUAUGGCGUCUUCGCUUGAUUUCUUCAAGAACAGAUAUGACCAUUUGAAUAGUCAGUUGGAUGUAGCGCCAAAGACGGUCAAACACAGUGUUUCGCGUAUCUGGGUGAAACACCACGAAGGAUACUCCAAUGCUGUAAGAAAAAACAUUGGUUGGCAGGAUCUUUGGGUGCCAUAG